UCAAUCUAUUUUUUGUUCUACAUCUGUUCUGUCCACUACGAACACGAUGAGUAAUUCCGAGCAGAAACGGUUUAAUGCGAAAUUUCACCUUGGCAAGUCCGGUAUGUAUCAUUUAUCUGCUUUUUCUCCGCCAGAUUUUUCUGAAAUCCCUGAAGAUAGUUUCGACCUUCCUUUUUUGAAUCCAUGGCAGCCAGCUUUUGGUAACAGUUGUAGGGGUUUGUUGGUUAUGGGCGAUGCUUUUGGCCAUAUUUUUCUUUGCAACCCCACAACCAAACAGUUUCAAUUUAUUCCUCCCACAGAAGAUAUAACUUAUUUUAGCAUCCAGCAGUUGUCUCUCGGCUAUGAUUCUAAAUCUGGUGAUUACAAACUCUUAAGAGUUACGAUACGAAUGCGGGAACCUGAUGGAACAAAUAGAACAAAAACUGAGUUGUAUUCGGUAAAAAAUGAUUCUUGGAAGACGAUUCCGAAUUGUGAUUGUUUUCUAUAUGGCCGCGGUGAGUAUGUUGACGAUAGGUGUUAUUGGCUGGAUUUAUAUGGAAGCAAAGUCAUAUCGUUCGAUUUUAGCGAGGAAAGCUUCUCUUACUUGCCUGUACCACGUGAGCCACCAGAGCCAGAGGAUCGUCUUGAUAAAUUUCUGCUAUUUAAGUUAGAUAAUGAAGAUUCGGUAGGGCUUAUUUUAGUUUGGCCACGGAGCGGAGGUAUCUAUAGUUGCGGUAAACGUAUUGGCGGUGAUUAUUAUCAGUUUUGGGUAUGGAGAGAUGGGUCUUGGUGCUUGCAUAAAAAUGUCGUUCUUAGUGGUUGUUAUGAUAUAUCAGAUAUGAUAGAUGGUCGAUUCAUGUUUCUUGAAGGACCAAGUAGCCAAUCGCUUAUACCCUAUGAAUGUCAUCAAGUAGUUUACGAUUGGAAUGGGAAAGAGUGUAUGUAUUUGGGUUUGAUUGAGCGUAGGAAUAAUAUCAUUUUCUUUUCUUAUGUUCAGAGCACCUUUGCGCUGCCCCAUGGAAAGCCAAUCAAUGGAUCCCGUUAUCUUAAUCAUAUUCAGACUGACUCCAAGCCUAUACUCAAAUGGGCGAAUGAUGGUUAUGAUUCUGAUCUUGAUCUUAGUCUUGAUGACUACAACUUGAACCUCAUUGAUUCGUUUGUUAACGGAUUCCGUGUCUUUGAUGAUACAGAGGAGGCAGUGGAGGUAUUGGAGGAGGAGGAGGAUGAGGAUGAGGAUGAGGAUGAGGAUGAGGAUGAGGAUGAGGAUGAGGAUGAGGAUGAGGAUGAGGAGAUGGAUCCUAACACUGAGGAGUUAGUUGCAAAUUGGCGAAAAAAUUGUUCACGCUAUGUUGUUGGAAUUAGUCAUGGUGAAAGUACAAAAGCACCUGGGGCACCAUUUGCUGAAUGUGGUUCUCUCCCAUUACGUGGAAUGUGUUGUUCAGUUUCAACGGAAAACAAUUUAAAAUUUCUAAUCGGCUAUGGCUUGCAGCUACCCGGCAUUGACUGCAGCUUCGCCAAGAAUAAUAAGCACAUAGAAGGCUGCAAGCUUAGCCAGCCAUGGUUGGCCCAUACCCUGCUCUCGCUUGGCUGUUGUGUGAGGGGCAGAGGGCCCCUUGGCUGGAUUGGGCAGAUAGGAGGCAGCAACCUUAGCCCGCCCUUGCUUGGCUGUCGCAAGAAUAAUAUGCCCUUAGAAGGCAGCAAGCUUAGCCAGCCAUGGUUGUGCCAUAGCCUGCUCUCGCUUGGCUGUUCUGUGAGGGGCAGAGGGCCCGUUCGCUGGAUUGGGCGUAUAGGAAUAGGAGGCAGCAACCUUAGCCAGCUGUGGUUGGCCCCUAGCCUGCCCUUGCUUGGCUGUCGCAUGAAGGGCAGUCUGCGGAUUUUCUAUUGAAUGUUAUUUUGGGGCUCUCUUGGCACGCCUGCAUUAUCAUCUGUCAUUACGCUCUUUCUCACUGGCUCUACACAAAAAACAAUAGAGAAGCACUUAGGUUUGUAAGAAUUGCUUUAUCAAAUUUAUCUUGGAGAAUGUUUUGUGCUUGGUUUGUAAGUUUUAUCUUUUCUUUCUAAUUUGUAGUUUGAUUUGAUGGUUUUUUUAUCUUUAUUUGCUUGAAUCAAUUCAACGUUAUAAUUUAGUUUUCAAA